CGUCGUGGUAGGUUGACCGAAAGAACGAGGAAUUGUGGAAAGAAAAAAAUGCACUUGUUCGCUCUGCUGUUACUUUUCUGCGCCGCGGUCUGCUCGUCGGCCAAUGACAUUACCAAUGCUAUUUUCGGCAACACGAGUUUCGGCAGUGUUCCUGCCGCUUUCGGUGACUUCAACUCGGACAAACUGACCGACAUUUUCAUUAUUCGCGACGAUGCUCGUUCUGUCAGCGUUCUCCUUGCAAACCCCAAUGAGCCCAUCAUGCAGAUGUCUAACCUGACCUGCCGCUUCUCCAAAGGUCACAUCACCAGUGUCGUUCCUGGUGACUUUGAUGGAGACGCAAUGAUGGACAUCCUGGUCACCACUUUCAACACAAAUGUCACCUCCGUCUUCAUUCUUUGGGGCUCCCAGAACAACCUGCAGUGUCCUGAAGACGAGGAAAAACCGGUGCUCUACACCAAAGACCAACCUUUGGUCCUUGACUACAACCUGGACAUGAUAGCUGACCUCUUUGGGGUCAAUGAGGAAGGCAAGAGGAUGUUUUGGGUCUUCGGGACAACCCGGACAGCUCCUCUAAUAAUCGAAAUGAAUGAAACAAAGCUCGAGGAACGGAAGCUCCGUUACCCUCACUCGCACGCUUUCCUGGACCUGGACGGCAACUUUGUAUCAGACUUGGUGCUCACUACGAACACCGGCUAUGAGGUGUGGGCUGGACAAGAAAAGGGUGGCUUUAAAUACAACUCGACUAUCAAUUACCCUGCAGGAGUUGAUAAAGAAUCGGUUGGCCAGAACCUGUUUCUCGAUGUAUACUUGAACAGCCACCUGGGACUGGUUGUGCCUGUUUGCUUUGGAGGCGUUUGUGAGAACAGCACCAUCUUUGUCCACGAUGGCGUCACUUGGAAAGACCUGAGGCCCAACUUUAAGGAUCCACAAGGCAACAACUGGGGCUUCGUGAAGCAUGUUGGUGGGAAAUUCACAGACACCAUCACCAUUCGCGGAGGUGACUUCAAUCUGGACGGCUACCCUGAUUUGCUGGUCACCCUUCAGUUUCAAAAAAUCAUUCGAACACUGAUACUUGAAAACGUCGAAGGCGCCAAUGGAAGGACCUUUGCCGUCCAGUGGACAUCCCUGGGAUCCAGCAACUCAACCGUGGCUGGAGCGUUUUUCGAUUUUUACCAGAAGGGCACCCUUGAUGUUCUUCUAGUCCAUCGUUUAGCCAACGGAUCUACUGCGAUGAAGGCGUUCAAAAAUGGACUAGAUUAUGAUGCAAAUUUCCUGAAGGUUAUGGUCUUGACUGGCUUGGGUGGCCCUGGACCGCUUCCGUACGGAACAAAUCUUCCUGGACCGAGGGUCUCCUAUUUCACGGUGACCCAAGAUGGCAGUGAACGUUAUGGCUGUGCUGCCCAGUUGUCCCAAAGUGCCCACUUUGCCCUGCAACUUCCCUACUCCAUCUUUGGUCUGGGCCGAACACCCAACUUUGUUGAUCGAAUGACCACUGGCUACUCGAACCACACCCGCGACUGGCUGCUGGUCAUCCCAAAUUCACAGAUGGUUAUUGUGCCGCCGUUGGGCGAUUCGCAGCACUGGCGGAUGCAACUCUUUGUCACCCCAAGCAGGACCAUCCUGGAGACAAUGGCCGUCCUGUUGAGCACCUGCGUCCUCAACGUGCUCAUCAUUGGCGGUCUCCAUCUGAAGGAGAAGCGAGAGGACCGACUGGAGAAACUGCAGGAGGCUCACCGUUUCCACUUUGACGCUAUGUGAAAAAAUUGUCAAUGACUGCUUUAAGUAUAUAGUCAAAAACUGCUGUAUGCAGCUGUGAUCAAGAAUAAUUAUUAUAUACUAAAGUCCAAAUAGGUCUAGGUGGGACCAUUUUGAUUUGUAAGAGCGUGACUAAAUCUCAAGGAUUUGUGUCAAAACGGUCCCAUUCUGUGCACUCUUAUUAUAAAAGUUGAACAAUAUCUGUAAAGCAAGCUUUUCAAACACACGUUGUGUCACUGUGAUACAUUUUUAAGUUAUAACUUGAUCUGCUUGUAAUAUAACCCAU